GAGAAGGGAAACGGCCGUCGCAGGAGACGGAGCUCCAGACCAACCGUCGUCGUCGUCGCCGCCGCCCCGGAGUCCCCUCCAAUCGUUCUCCCCGCCAUGCCGUCCGAAAAGUCCUUCAAGCAACGCCGGACGUUUGAACAAAGAGUAGAAGAUGUGCGACUUAUUCGAGAGCAGCACCCAACCAAAAUACCGGUGAUAAUUGAAAGGUACAAGGGUGAAAAGCAGCUUCCUGUGCUGGAUAAAACAAAAUUCCUUGUACCAGAUCACGUCAACAUGAGUGAGCUAAUCAAAAUAAUCAGAAGGCGCCUGCAGCUGAAUGCCAACCAGGCUUUCUUCCUAUUGGUGAAUGGACACAGCAUGGUGAGCGUUUCAACACCAAUUUCUGAGGUGUACGAAAGCGAGAAAGAUGAAGAUGGAUUCCUGUAUAUGGUAUAUGCCUCUCAGGAGACAUUCGGAAUGAAACCUUCUGUUUAAAAACUAGUACAAUGCUUCUGUUCUAGAAUUUUUUUCAAACCCUCCCCCAGGAAAAAGGGAUGUUCAACUGAGGUUGAUCAGUUCAUCUAAUCACAGUUCAUCAAAAUAGUAGUAUUGCCACCUAGAGGUUUUAGAAAUGUCAUUAUACAAGCAGAAUUCGGCUCCACCUGAAAAUAUUUAGCAUUAAAAAACUGCUUCACCUAGGGUAUUUAGUUUUUAAGUUUUAGGGAAACUAGGAAUGGAAACAUCCCUUGCAUUUUAAGUUGCCAAUAAAGUGGUUGUUUGAAUUCUUUAGUGGGUUUUUUUCUUUGAGGGCAAGGGGAUGUUACAAGAACAUGCAAUUCCAUUCAUAAGCUAAAGGCAUUCAGUAUGAUAUGUAAGUCCUCUUCAUGUUCACGAUUUGCUUUCCUGUAGAAAGGUUUCACCUCUAUGGAGCAAAUACCUGGCAAGAGUUUUAAGGUGGUUGGAUGUUACGUCUUAAGUCAUUUGCCUCAGCGGUUGAGUUAAAGCAGGGCAAAUGGGGGUUAAAAAAAAUCUAGCUUACCAUGGUACCUCUACAUAGGUAUCAAAUUCAUAAGUAUGAUACAUACCAAACUACUGUAGUUUUAGGAAGUUAGUAUACGUUAAGAUAUCAUGGUUGACUAGUUAUUCCUAGAGAAACACCUUGAAUUCUUUCUGAUUUCAGUACCUCCAUAUCUGUGGGUUUCAAAAACAAAAAUGCCCCCUCCCCAAAAUGGGCUGUUGUAUCUUACUGUGGGAUUGUUCAGGUUUAGAGACUCUAAACACUGGAAUCCUGGGUACCACAAGCUGUUGCAUUAUUUAGAAUGAUACAAGAGCCGGUGCAACAGUAGGAACUAGUGUCCUAAAACUCUGAAACUCUAAAUUUCAUUUUGCACUCCCUUUGCACCUUUUGGUUUGAUGGUAUUUUCAUCUGUUAAAUGCCAAGUAAACCUUUAACUGCUUCACUUUUAUUAGCUUCCUUCUGUCUGUAAGAAUACUUCAGCUAUCAUUGUUAGCCUUUCUAAACUUACUCAAAAUUUUCAUUCUGUGUGCAUGUCAGUUGUGAGGAAGAUGCUUUUUACAUACAUUUAAACUUGAGUUAAUAUCUUUAACGUGUAGCAAAGAACAAAUGACUUAUUGAUGCUACUUGCAUGGGGGGGUCUUUUACUAUUCAUGGAGUUUUAGAAGAUCACUUUCAUGUUGCUAUAGGCUCAGUUAUAGAAGGUCCAUUAAGAUUUAUCCUUGUAUAUUUAAAUGUGUGUGGAAUACCUACAUCUGUUGGUGGAACAUUACUUAAUGGAGAAAAGCAAUAUUACUGCAUCUUGGCACUAUCAAUCAAUAAAAAGUUUCAACUUGUCUUUGCCUACUUUAACUUUUGCAUUUGCAUGCAUCUUGGCAAUAGUUUCAAUAGUUUCUAACUUUUAAUAAGUGUGUAUUUUUACUGCAUUGUAAAUUCUUAAAUUAUCCUGUUCCAUUUAGGUUGUAUAAGAUACUUUCAUAUUUAUGCAAGACUGACACCAUUCUUGUAAUUACUGUGAUCGUUAAGAUUCCUGUAUAAAUUGUUGCUUUUUUUAAAUUAAUACAGUGCGGAUAGGGAUGGAUUUUUGUCCCAA